CAGGAAAAAAGAGAGAGAACACAACCAGAGUUCUAACCGUAAGUUGAUACGACUCUUUCCGUUUCUCCAAAGGUCGCCACGUCGCCGUUUUGAGCUUUGUCCUUGUUUUCUUUAUAUACCCAAACCAGCUCACUGUCUGUCACCCUUUCUGCCUUUUCAUCUUCUUUAUUUUCUCAUCUCCGGCCGGUUCUCGUCGGAGUUCUUUCUUCCAGUGACGGUGAACAAAGUUUUCUUCAGUUUUAAUCACUCUAAUGGCGGAAGCAAACAAGAAGAAGCUUCACCAACUGCAUAGCUUCGGUCCAGAUAAGGAGAGCCCUACUGAUCUUCUACACAAAUGUUCACCAGAGAAAACCCAAAUCACCAACCUCGAACAAGAAACAGACCUCAAUCUAGGUCUCUCUUUGGGCGGAAUCUACACCCAAAAAAACACCGGAGAGAAGCUUUUUCUAGCUAGAUCAUCGUCGAUAGCCGGAGUUAUGUCGCUCGGAAAAGACUCCGGUGAGGUCGACGUGCAGGUAAACAGCUUUCUUUCGCUCUCAAGAUCUUGCUCGCUGCCAACAGGGGUAGAGCAGGAACAUAGACAGGUGGACCUGAGGAAAUUGCUGGCGAUGAAGCAGGCUGGGAAGAAGACGGAGGAGCAGAAGAAGAAGAAUUGGAUUUCUAAAAGCUCUCUCCUCCAUCCUUCCCUUCUUCAAAUUAACUCACAAGAACGUUCUUCUGCAAACAGAAAACUUAUAGGGCUAGAAAGUACCUCUACUGCUAAGGGCCCUAGCAGCUCUCUGCUAUUGCCUGGACCAAAAGAUGCAGAACUUCAAAUCACUUCUGGGAUGCUCAGAAACGGAGCAGCAGAGGGUUCUGGUGAUUCUAUUUCACCAUCCGAACCAAGAAAUGCACAAACUGCACUUACCAUUGGGACAACCAGGAAAUCAACCUGGCCUGCAGCAGAAAAUACUCCAAACAUUACUCGAUCCAAGAAGGCGAAAAUUGCCAACGAUAUGGACGUGAUGAAACAGAUGCCGAGUGUGACAACCAUCGGAGAUGGACCGAACGGGAGGAGAGUAGAAGGGUUUUUGUACAAGUACAUGAAAGGUCAAGUGAGUAUAGUGUGUGUUUGCCAUGGCAGCUUCUUGUCUCCAGCAGAAUUUGUAAAGCAUGCUGGCGGUAAAGAUGUUUCGAAUCCGAUGAAACACAUCAGUGUUUUUCCAACAUCUUUUUCUUAUUAGAUUAUAUGAGAGUUGUGGCUGCCAUUGUCACCCCCAUGAAGCUCCUGGUUGGUUUCUUCUUUGUUCUUCUUCUCUGUACAAGGCAAUUUCCCAGUAAGAUGAUGGGCUUUUUUUUUUU